AUGUCGCAGUCGCAGUCGCAGUCGCAGCCGCAGCCGCAGCCGCAAGCCGCCACUGCGACCUACACGAGCAUCCCCGUCACCAUUCCCGCCGCUGACGUCAUCUCCCGAUCCAUCCAGAACCUUCUUGGCGCCAUCUCCCGCCACCGCCCCUGGCCCGAGUUCGGAUCCUCUCUAAGUCGACCCGACUCCUACUCCUCCGCCCUGACCCGACUCCGCUUCAACUCCCGCCACUUCCGCACCAACUACAUUCUCCUCAUCGGGGUCUGCGGCUUCCUCUCCCUCAUCGGAAGCCCCGGCUGGCUUCUCGCGACGGCCGCCGUCGUCGGGCUGUGGCUGGUGAUCUACUUCUUCAGGGAGGACCCACUCGUGGUGUUGGGCCGCCACUUUAGUGAUUGGGCUGUGUUUGUGGGCCUGGUGCUGGUUUCUCUUGCGGUUGUGUGGUUGAGCAGUGGGCUUGGGAAUGUGGUGUUGGGCCUUGGAAUUGGGCUGCUCGUUUGUGGGCUUCACGGGCUGGUUCGGGAUACCGAAGGCUUGUUUCUCAACGAGAAUGAAGCCGCCUCGGCCGGGUUGAUCGGGCCCACCUAUACACCCGUCUGA